AUGCACAUAGGCUUUUCGUCAUGUCUACUUCUUCUUCUUCUAUUUGCCACGUGUUUUUUGGUUUCGCCGGUUGCGGCAAAUGUUGCCAUCAUUAAAAUGAUUGUUGUGGGACAACAGAGUGAUGGUUGGUUGAGGGGAUCGAUUAAUGAGGUGAGGCCAGAGAGUACUGUAGAGAGUACUGUAGAUUUUUUCGCGCGAAAAUUUGACGAAUUUUGAUAGUAAAUAAGCCUAGACUUUUGGUUACUGUAGGUCUAACUAGGAAUAUUGUAGUUCCGAUUUUUCUGAACUACAGUAUUCCUAGUUUUGCAAAAAAUUUCAAAGUACUGUAGUUUCUAGUGAUCAUUAGAUUACUGUAGAAUCAGAAGAAUACAGUAACCUUCUAGCCUAAGCUUCUAAUCCACGUGGUUUCUGGGGUACUGUAGAUGAUCUUUUUCCCAAAACAAAAUCAAUAACUUUCAGAGUAGAGGUACUGUAGUUUUGCACAUAAAUUCCAGGGUUACUGUAAUUUAACAAUCCACGUGGAAUAUUUAAGGACCCUAAGGGUACUGUAGGUUUAAUUACUGUAGUGUUCAAAAUUCUGAUUUUUUAAUUUUUUCUACAGUAAAGCUUUUGGAGUACUGUAGCUUUUCAUUAGAGGUACUGUAGAUCAAACCUACAGUAACCCUAGGCUUAUUUGAUCUCAAAAAAAAAAUCGAAAGUUCAAAUUUCGCUUUAAAAUUAUCUACAGUAACCCAAACCUAGCCUUAUUCACUAUCAAAAUGCGUCAAAUUUCUUCGCGCCAAAAUCUACAGUACCCCUUUUGAUUUGCAGUUCUCCAAACUCGUCUCACUCGACAACGAUUUGGCUCCGCAAAUUUUCGAAACCUACAAUUUGACGGACCCCGUCGCCAUUUGCGACUACAUUGGAAAUGUGGAUCGCGAAAAAUCGCAAAGCGAUUUUAUUUUGGUCGUUAAAAAGUGAGUUUGCUCCCCUAAUUUUUUGAAUUUCAAAAUUUACGCGCCUAAAAAAUAUUGCGGGAAAUUGAAAAAUUCAAAUUUUUUCCUUUCAGAAAAGCCGACAUGAGUUUGGAAUGCGAUCCCGAGUGGGGAAAAUCGAAUUUCGCAAUUCUCAACAUCAAAUCUGAGCCCGGCCAAAUUGGAGACAUCAUUUUCAAAUCGACUGAAAAUCUGAAAUUUAAUCUCCAGCCUGAAAAUAUCCAAGAUCCUGCUCAACUUUUGACAAAAAUCAAGGAAAAACAAAAGGUUGUGCAAACUUCGCAGAUUCCGGAUGAAUAUCCGUUUAAGGCGGUGAGUUUUGGGGCGGGAUUACUGUAGUUUCCAGAUUUACCAAACUACAGUAUAGUUUUUCUACAGUACUCUCUUUGAUUUUUAAAAGAUUGCAGUAGUUUCACAAAAGUUUCAGAACAAUCCCAAAAUUUAAUAAACUACAGUAAUCCAGAUCAAAAUUAGAUCUUUUUGAGACCAAAUGAGCUCAGAGUACUGUAGAAAAUCCACGUGGCAAAUGAAAAUUGAAAAUUCAAUUUUUCGCGCCAAAAAUUUCACGUGGUAAUUCAAAUUUUUCAAAAAAUAAUUAAAUAAAUUCCAAAAUUUUUGAUCUACAGUAACCCUAAGCACAUUUGGUAUCAAAAAAUGCCAAAUUUUCGUGCCUAAAUCAUCUACAGUACCCCCAAGCAUGUUUGGUAUCAAAAAAUUCGAAAAUGUUGUGCCUAAAUCAUCUACAGUACCCCCAAGCACAUUUGGUAUCAAAAAAUGCCAAAUUUCCGUGCCAAAAUCAUCUACAGUACCCCUAGGCAUAUUUAGUAUCAAACAAUGCCGAAUUUUCGUGCCAAAAUCAUCUACAGUACCCCUAAGCAUGUUUGGUAUCAAAAAAUGCCAAAUUUUCGUGCGAAAAUCAUCUACAGUACCCCUAGGCGUGUUUGGUAUCAAAAAUUGCCAAAUUUUUACAGGAACGCGACCGCCGCAUUCAACAACGCAUCUACAUGGCGUGCAUCUCGAUUCUCGUCCUCUCAGUCGUCGCCCUUUUGGUCAUUAUGUUUAUGACAAGUUUGUCCAGAUACAAUUUGCGAAAAUCGGAACGUGUCAAGGCGAAAAAAGCGGAAAAAGAGGCGGCAGCAAAACCGCACAUUGAGCCGAAAAAGGUGCGGUUUUUUUGACACCAAAUUCGUCUAGGGUUACUGUAAAAACCCUCCAUUUUUGCAGCCAAUCCAAAAAAAAUCAGCGGAAAGUUCGGAAUUUUCAAAAUCCAAAGAAAACGCGGCGGCUCUUCUCGCCAAAUCCCCAAAGGCUCCACAAAUUUCGGCACCAACUCCACCGGUCGAGAAAAUUCCGCCACCUGGCGGAACCCGCGAAAACUGUCGCCGCUCCAACUUCUGAGAAAUCUGACAAGGCUAUUCAAUCGGCGUCGGAAAAGGGAUCGGACAAGGCGUCGGACAAGCAAAGUGAUAGCGAGGUGGGGCGGGGUUUUGGGGGCGUGGCUUGCAAUUUUGCGGCACGGUUUUUUGGGAGGAUUUUGAUCUACACUUUAUGUUUGGGGAAAUUUGAGCCACGCCCUUUUCUGCAAUUUUGCGGCAUAGUUUUUCAAGGGAUUUUUUAACAUUAAAAUUAGGUCAAAAGGUUUUUGCCGAAAAUAAGGCCACGCCCCUUUUCUGCAAAAUUGCGGCUUGGUUUUUCUAGGGAUUUUUUAACAUUAAAAUUAGAUCAAAAGGUUUUUUGCCGAAAAUUAGGCCACGCCCCUUUUUUGCAAUUUUGCGGCAGGGUUUCUGGAGGUUUUUGAAAAAUUUCAGAUCAAAAGGGAAAUAAGGUAUCUAGGCUUUCAAAAAUUUUAAGCUCCGCCCAUUUUCUGCAAUUUUGCGGCUUGGUUUUUCUAGGGAUUUUUUAACAUUAAAAUUAGGUCAAAAGGUUUUUGCCAAAAAUUAAGCCACGCCCCUUUUUUGCAAAAUUGCGGCAUGGUUUCUGGAGAAUUUUUAUCUACAAUUUAUGUUUGGGAAAUUUGAGCCACACCCCUUUUUUGCAAAAUUGCGGCAUGGUCUUUCUGGUAGGUUUAGAUCUACAAUUUUUGUUUGGGAAAAUUGGAGCCACGCCCCUUUUUUGCAAUUUUGCGGCAUGGUUUUUCUAGGGAUUUUUUUACAUCAAAAUUAGGUCAAAAGGUUUUUGCCGAAAAUUAAGCUCCGCCCCUUUUCUGCAAUUUUGCGGCAUGGUUUUUCAAGGGAUUUUUAACAUCAAAAUUAUGUCGAGAGGUUUUUUCCGAAAAUUAAGCCACGCCCCUUUUUCUGCAAUUUCGCCGCACACUUUUUUUUUCAGAACAAAUCGACACUUUCAACCAGAAAAUCGGACGCAGAUCUUUUCAAACCAUGA